AUGGACCCAACAUCCACCAUCAUACAUCUGACUUAUCCCAAAGACAUGGACGACGAGAGGACCAUGCUGAUGUUGACCACGCUGUUGGCUAAAAGGGGGGCUGAGCACACACCAACCUUGCUCCGUGAUGUCUUUCACACAACUGUGAGUUUUAUUGACCAGAACCUACUCACUUAUGUGAGACACUUAGUCAGAAAUGAGAUGGACUGA